AUGGCGUCCACUCCGCAGGCUUUGGAACUGGUCGCGCCUCGGGUCGAGGCCGUUGCUUCUGCCGUCAACUCUGAGGAAGGGUCCCCGUCCCAGCUGAUGGCUAAAGGUGAAGCCAUCAUACGCUUGCUCAAGGAUCCCAAUCUGGCCUGCGACAGGACGAUCACCCCGCGCCUGAUUCGUCCUCACAUUACGAACCGCUCGGGCGCUGGGCUGGACCCCUUCGACGCCCACUGUUUGAUCGACAAGAUACUUGCGCGGGGGUGCGUCCAGUCCAAGACAGCAAUGUCAUGCCGCUUCGAGGCGCACCCCAUCAAAUCAGAGGCCUUUGGUUUCAAUGAGAAGCUCUGGCACAACAGCGAUGGGAUGUUAGCUCCUGUUCAGAAAGAGGACCUGAACUUCCUGAGCGUCGGUGGAAGUCACACUGUGGGCGGAAUGAACGCGGUUGAGUCUCGGUGCGCUACCUUCCUGACCGACACCGCUGAGGAUGGCCACUUGUCGAUCGACAAGUGCACGGCGAAGAGCCCCGAGUACGCGGAUGCUGUGCUCAACGGCUUCCCAUGGCGCGCGAUCCGUUACCAGGUGGAUGAAAGGUUCCCUCUUCUCGCCCAGGCGUUGGUUGAGUGUCUGAACUCGGGCCACAACACUGAGCGCACCGCUGCCAAGAUCCAGAUAUUGCUAGAAGUGUUCACCAAGGGGAAGCAGAACCUCGCCAGCCAUGGCGAGUUCAAGUGGGCCGCGGUGCCCCGCGCAGCGGAGGCCUCGGAGGCCCACGUCAAGGGCCAGGUCUUGGAUAUGACAGCCUUCGUCGAGCGGUGGAGCGGAGGCGACUCAGGCUCGUGCCUGAGAGAGUUGGACGCCUGGCCCAAAACACUUCGCAGUCGAGCUGGUGUCCAAGGCUCUACAUUCAAGAUGCUGGCGGGCUUGGAGAUCGACCGCAUGCCAGAGGCGGUGUUUGCGAUGCUGAAGGCAGCAAUGGUCUCGCCCUCCAAGUAUUGCCACACUGGCACCACCACGAGCAAGCUCCUGAACAGCACUGACGUUGCGGCGAUGCUCAAAGAUCGCAGGCAGCAGCUCGUUCAGAUCGUAGGGAUGGUGCGGGCAGCUCACGAAUGGUACGCUGACAUGUUGGACGCGAAGGUGCACCUCUCGAACUCCAUGUUCUUGAAGCUCCCGGGGUCGUUUGAGGUCGGCUGCGUCAUGCUUCUGCUCAAGAAGCCGCUGCCAGGGAAGCAACUGCCGCCCAGCCUCCAGCAUAUUGGCCAGGAGUUCGUCGAUAAGGUCACGGACGCCGUCCCAUUCGUUAACAAGGUCAAGCCGCCGUGGGCCCCCAUGGCGCAAACUGGGCCAGUCGCCAAGGGCAGCUGCGUCGGCUUUCGGAACGUGGCUGCAGGCGGCCCCACCGCAGCGUUUGUCGCCUCCGCGGGCUUCGAGCUCGGUGCGGAGAUCGAGCUGAAGACGAAGCCACUCUCGGCUGAGUUCACGAAGUGGACCAUCGCCAGCAUCGGCUCGGACAUGAACACGUUUGUGGAGCUGAAGGGCGAGUCCGAGGACGGAUCGGUCUCGAGCAACGUGGAGAAGGUCGAUGUCAUGAGCUUGGUUGAUUUGCACAAGGCGCUGAGCAGCGCCAAGGACGCACUGCACUUCGCGUUCAGGGCGGAAUCCACUGACGUGGCCGUGGUGAUCCACCACGAGGUCUUGCCUUCCGCUAAGACCGAGGUGGAGCAGGUGGUUGCACAGCAUAAAUAUGAGAAGGGGAAGCUGAUCUUGGUGCCCCUGUCCACGGCUUGCUGCGCCUGCGCCAAGCUGAGGGUGCCGCCCAACGCCGUGGAGUUCCCUGUGGUGCAGGGCAUGCCCGACGGUGUUGUUGCAUACGUAGCCCCGACGCAGGUGUGGCCUCACGUUGCAGCGGCAAGCGGCGGGAAGAAGCGCGCCUUCAUCGCGCCGUACUGGGCCGUUCCCGCUGGAGCAGCCGAUCACAACAUGAUCAACAGCGUCGUGAAGGUUGAUAUCGUCGAUAAAUACGUGGGCAGUGGCGCCUCCGAGGAGAAGGGGCAAUCCCCUUCGAAGCAGGCGAAGGGCUCCGCCGCGCCCACGCCCAAGACGGCUCGCAAGUAG